CAGUCUCACUCCAGUCUCAGUUCGAACAACAUCUAAAUUGUAACAAACACUGAAAACAAAAAAUUUUAAAUUUUAGACCAAAAUUUAUAUUGUCGAAUUUUUUCGUUUCUUUUAUUUUUUUCAUUUAUUUUUUUUUGGAAAUCAAAAAUGUGUUCUCCUUGCGGACCGUGCAGCCCCUGCGAUCCAUGCUGCGGGCCCUUCGAGUGCUCCCCCAAGUGCUACAAUGCGGCGCAGUUGGAAGCCUUGCCCCAGUGUGCGCCCCGCAUACCGCCGCCGUUCCCCAAGUGCAUCACAGUCCAGCAGCCGCCGCGUCUGAUAUGCAAGAAGCGUGUGGUCUUCACCGAGAAGAUCGUGCCAGAGCCGAUGGUGGUGAACCGAUGCAGACAGAUCACGGUGCCCAAAGUUGUGGACGCCACGCGGGUGAUCAAAGUGCCGAAGCUCAUUUGGGUCUCGCAAAUGGUGCGGGAGCCGCGUGUCAUAUACUAUCCAUCGAUGAUACCGGAUCCCUAUGUCGUCUGCUAUCCGAAGCGCGUCUGCGAGCCACGCGAGGUCUGCCAGUCGAUCUUGUGCCAGCCCAAGCCGCAGACCAUCGAUAUUCCGCCGCCCCGCGAAUACUGCUGCUAUCCAAAUGGACCCAUCAACUACAAGCCGAGUGCCGCCUGUCCGCCCUGUCCGAUUGGACCGUGUGCGCCCGGCGGUGCCUGCUGUCCACUGCCCUGCUUCUCCACCAAUCAGUAUCCGGUGUGCGAGACGCGUUGCGGUCCCUGCGGACCCGGACCCUGUGGCCCGGGACCAUGUGGCCCUGGACGUUGUGGACCCUGUGGCCCCUGUGGUGGACCUUGUGCAGUGCCCAAUUGUGGACCCUGUGGCCUGACGAUGCCUUCGGGGCCGUAUAUUCCUGCGCCGUGUGGACCUUGUGGAACAGGUUGCGGCCCACUGAGCAAUGGACCCUGCGGACCUUGCGGACCCUGUGGACCUUGUUCGCCGCCUUGUCCAUAUGAGUCGCCAGAGUGCGGACCUUGUUAUCCUUGCGCACCAACGCCUUGGAAUACACAUUGUGGACCAGUCGGCCCCUGUGGCCCCCAAGUUCCAUGUGGACCUUGUGGUCCAUGUUAGAAAAGCCUUUGAAAGUCUAUUUACGAGUCGGCCGAAUCCCCGUUUAUAAAUGCAUGAAUAAAAUAUUGUGAUACCAAAA